AUGAAUGAUUUCAAUUCGCUUCCGCUUCAGCACUCUGAUAGGAUUUCUGCAGUACAUCUGACAUUAGUCGUUGACGGACGCAAAGACGAGAUUCGUCAGUACGCGCCAGAACUCGAUUGGAUUGGCCAUUCGUUCGCCUACCUCGGUUCCGUUCCUCUUGAACGGCACGUUGCCGGAGUCACGAAGAAUGCCUUUCGUGGUUGUGUGAAGCAGGUGAAAUACGACGCCGAUGCGCAGCGUAUACUGUUCGUCACACUGGCCGAUCAGGGUUUUGGCGGUAGUAUCAUCAAAACAGGUGGCGAGUUGUCGUUCUCCUGCAAAAGCCCAACGCAACCACCGGAUGUGUUGUCGUUUCAUUCUGGCUCGUCGUUUCUUGCUUUGCCGAAGUGGGGCGCUCUGGCCAGUGGCAGUCUGUCAUUCCAUUUCCGAACCACGGAGAAAGAUGGACUUCUUCUUUACCACGGUAACACCGGCAAAGACAUCACCGACUACGUCGCCUUCGAGCUCAUCGAUGGUCAUCUUCAUAUGAUAAUAAAUUUGGGAAGUGGAGCCGUCCGUUUACAGACAACUGCAAGACACGUGUCUGACGGCGACACCUGGCAUUCGCUUCAUCUGGAACGAGUAGGGCGAACGGGUAGCGUGAUCGUCGACAGCAUGAAGACCGACUUCAACACGCCUGGUGUUUCCUCAAAUCUUAUCGUCGAUGAUCCCAUCUAUCUUGGCUGGGUGCCAAACACUACAGUUUCCUUCCCAUCGAGCAUAUGGUCCGUGUCGCUGGGUAAAGGAUUCAUCGGCUGCAUGAAGAACUUGCGUGUGAACGGUAUCAGCGCUCGAAUCGCCACCGUAUUCGAGCAUUCAAAUGCAACAGGCAUAACAAUCGGAUGUCCUCCAAUGCCGGCUGUCAAUCCGUGUGCCAACAAUCCGUGCCAUAAUUUUGGCACCUGUGAACCAUUUCAGAAUACGUUCACUUGUGAUUGUGCUGCCACCGACAAGGAGGGUCCUACAUGUAAUAUAGAGCCGACGGUUAUUGAGCUCACAGGCGAACGCCUCCUUCACAUCCUCCCUUACACUCUCGAAUCGGAGGCGGAAACGAUUGAAAUCAGAUUCAAGGUGAUACCUCCUACCGCCUACUUUUUGAUAUAUUUUCAUUGA